AUGACUGCGACCACGAAGGAGGAUGUGACUGUCUGCAAGAUCCUUGAUGAUGAAGCCGGAGGAGUCAAAGGAAAUAGAACAGUUGUUGUCAGAUAUACUCGAUGGAGCUCGAAGGUGACUGCAACAAGGGAUUAUUACAUACAAUGUUCGGAUCGUUUGAAGAGAUAUGCAGGUCUUCCAGUUCCAAUUUCCACUACUCCGCUUACUGGAAAUCCAUACUUCACAUCAAUUGUGGUAAAAUCUCAAGUAGAAUCCCCAUAUCAACUGAUGAUACCAAAGAGUUUCCAUAAAUCUCUACCGAAUGCUACUCUUCAAGUACCCCUUGUACAUCAGGGAAAGACAUGGGUGGUGAAAUACUAUGGAGAAAGCGCCCUUAAGAGGUUUGGUACUGGAUGGAAGAAGUUUGCGCUUGAAAACAAAUUAAAAAUUGGAGAUGGAUGUGUUUUUGAGCUUAUAGAUGACGAUAAGGAGCUAAAGCUGGGCGUGCAAAUCCUCAAUGGCCAAAUCCCCCUCGAGUUCAUCAGGCUGGGAAGUGCUGAAAAACCAAUCAAUCUCGACUGAAGUUUCAUUUUCUCUGACUUGUUU